AUGACGGGUGUUUGGGCACUGCUCCUGCUCCUGGGGGUGGCCGCUGCGGCCCCCCCGGCCCAGGUGGUCACCUACGAUCAGGCGAUUGCCUCGGCGGUGAAUCUUUAUAACCAGCAGAAAACCACCCCGUUUGCCUUCCGCCUGCUGGAAGCUGAGCCGCAGCCCAACUGGGACCCCCGUGGCAAAACCACGCAGGGGCUGAAGUUCACCAUCAAGGAGACGGUGUGCCCCUCCGCGCAGAGCCAGAACCUCACCCAGUGCAAUUUCAAGGAAGACGGGGUGGACCAAGAUUGCUCCGGAACCUACUCUACGCAACAAGAGCCACCAAAUCUUACUGUCCAGUGUGAGAACAUUGACCAAGAGCUGAACCGGAUCACAAGAAGUCGCUGGAGAAGAUUCAUAAGGGGAGCGGGACGCUUCGCCAGGAGAUAUGGAUGGCGCAUUGCAUUGGGCCUAGUGGGAUAA